AUGACUGCAAAUGAGAGUCCUGCGUCGAGCAGCCUGAAUACCAAUACCAUUGCCCAGCAAGCAGACGCAGCGCUCAACACCGUGGGUGACAAAAUCUCAGAUCUCACCGGACAGCAUGAGGCUGUGAAUAAAGGUACUCUGCUCAUAGAGAGUUUGACCUCAGGAAUCCUGCUAAUGAAUAUAGUUGUGACCGGUUUGCAAGAAAACGUGCUAGGAACACAGCGCGAACAGCCGAGUGAGAAUCAGAAUCAGGAUCAGGAUCAGGAUGAGAGCACUAGCGUUGCAAAAGAAGAUAUCAGCAAUCAGCAAGUCGAAGAGUUUCUGAGGCACCAGUAUCGAAGCUACAAAGCUCAAGUGUAUAUAAACGACCAUGAAGUCAAGACUGCCAUUGGCAGAGAAGAAAAUAAGGUGGACGUUGAAUCAGCCGAGGAAGCCAGACGAUGCUCCUUCCUCGUACGUCGAACCACGGCCAGCCUCAUCUCCAGACCUGCAAACUUUUGUCUCUACCACAUACAACCAUUUAUUAUCAAAUACCACAAUACCCUGAAUGCAGUGAUUCUAUGCAUCGUACUUGCCUGUAUUGUCUGGAAUACCCUCGAGGACAUCAUGAACUCGUAUCCCGAUCAGGGCAACCGCCGCCCCAGUACCACCGCCUCCAUACCCUCCAGCAGGUACACCGAUAACGGUUUUACUUGCUCCCGGCUACGCUGCCAUUGCGAUGCUGCCAACCGCGAGGAACCAGAUCCCACCGAGCCAAUCUCUCUCGAAGACCCGCAGUCUCAACGACGUGCUGAAUACUUCCACCGCCCCCCUGUUCUAGGUCCGUACUCUGGGCCCAGAAACUCGGAUGAUUCGCCGUACUCCUAUUUCCACUACGAAAAGCUGUCCGAGGCCGAAUACUGCGAGCAAUGCCAAUAUUGCUGGGCUCUGUCCAGGUGGUGUGGAAGACUGCCAGGCUCUGAAGCUGAAAAGCCGCUCCUGCCAUAUCAGCAAAACUCGUCUACGGCCGGUUUUACCAGGAACCAGAAAAAGAUGCUAUUCCCCAAUGCUACCUGGAUCCAGGAGCCUCUGAUAGUCAAUACAGCCCGCGUGUCUAAUGACAAUCUGGUACCGAGAGAGAGGGAGCAAUUUGUACCUGCUGUAUUUUCCCACACUCUUACAAGUCAAUCUUUAAAAGACUUUUCCGCCCGCGAACUUGCAUUUUUGAGGGAAGAAAAGAACCCAUCUCUAGAAAGCAUCCGUCCCUGUCGUACCUUGCCACAAACCCCUGCGAAAGACUGCCAGCGACUCAGGUUCUGCAAAGAUAUUCGUGGAGCACGACGCGAUACCUGGGCUUUUGAAGAGGGCUCUCUGGUCAUCGGCAUCCACCCAAGCUUUGUUGAUUUGAACCAGCAACUCAUUCAAGAAGACGAGUUUGAGCUGCGUUAUGGAGAAGUCUAUGUCAUUUGCCGGAUGUUUGCAGAUAAAUGGGCCCUAUGUGCAAGGCUACGAAUGUCCGAUACUAUCAUGCCCGUCAGACAUAGCGACCUGGUUGACCAUGGCUUUGAAAACAUCAAAUUCCUUCCUCUAUGUGCAGUGACGCUGGCUGCUAAUUUCGCAUCCUUUGAUCGGCGUUGGUCUGAGCAUAGAAUGCGUUGUCCUUACUCGAGUUCAUUUCCAUCCGGGGGACUUCGAGUCACGCCUCCCAUACGUUGUGACAGCGUUUUGGCUAGUGUCGACAUGGCUGCAUGCAACUUUGCGUCGUUGCAUGUACCGUGGCUUGUGUUUCAUCUUUGCAAACCACGUAUCCCCUUGCCACCAAAGACCGAACACGUUCCUUUCCAUCCCCCCAAAAGGGGAAUUGGCCGUUUAAUAGACAACACCGUCAACGGGCGAAAUACGUUGGGAAGGAUGUGGAGAACAAUCGUUCCUUGCGAAGCGUCCGAGAGUCAAAGCUCGAGCGACAACCCUGGACUUUACUUGGAGAAAGAAGUCGACUUCUUAGAAGACGAUAUAUCAUCUAUUUAUCAAGAUGGACCAGAACCAGUCCAAGAAGAGCAGUUGAGGGACUUCAACCUACGAAGUCCGAUGAGAAAGCGCAAGAGCAUUCGCCAACUCUUCUUUGGAAGCAGGCGGUAUAAACAGUUGGAUGUUCCUGAUGAAAAAGCCCAGCACGAAGAGAAGAACACGAAAGAGUAUAGUAAGCCUACUAAACAUGUCUAA